CUGACUGAAUGGGAAGAAGUUCGUCGGUUGCAAAAUUGGAACUUUGAGAGUUGGCUGUUCGUUCUCGGGGAAAGGCAGAAAGCUAAGCAGAAAUUGCUUCCUACUCGGGAAACCUACUGGUUAGUUCUGUUCUCGACUUGAUUCUCUUGUUUAUUUUCGCCUGCCGUGGAAUUGUUCAAUGUAGUUGAAUUCAUGCCACCAAUGGAUGUUUAAUGUUUCUGUUUGGAGUCUGGUUUCAUUGUUAUGGCGUCUGCACAGAUGGGUACAAUUGUCACGACAGAAAGUUUAGAACCUUCUCUGUAGGAAUGGUCAUUAGAGUGUUACAGACGAAGAAAGUAAUGAACUUCUAUACGUUUUGUGUAUAUGGAACUCUGUUUGGCAGCUAUCUGGUGAUUUUGUAUGUUCCUUUGUAGUCAGCAAUGUCUAUCACUAAAUAGUUGAAUUCUUCCAUAUCUUAGAUUGGAAGGAGCAAUUUGCAUAGUUUGAUUGGUAGACGGUCAACAUUCAUGGCGAAUCAGGCUGUUGAAAGCUUAGAACGAGAGGAAGAGGUGGUGAAUUUGAGAAAGCUAGGGCUGUAUGAAGGGAACGUGAGGGUGUUGCUGGAAGAUGAAGAAUCUGCUUCAGAAGAGAUCAUGCUGUUAUGGGGAAUUCAACAGCCCACUUUCUCCAAACCGAAUGCUUAUGUCGCCCAGACCUCGCUCCAACUCCGCCUUGAUGCUUGUGGUCACUCCCUCUCUAUUUUGCAGUCUCCUUCUUCAUUGGGUACACCUGGAGUAACAGGUUCGGUAAUGUGGGAUAGUGGCAUUGUAUUAGGCAAAUUCUUGGAACAUGCGGUAGAUUCGAAGACGCUUGUCCUUCAAGGCAAGAAGGUUAUCGAGUUGGGUUCAGGCUGUGGAUUGGUAGGCUUUGUAGCAUCUCUUUUGGGUGCUGAAGUUAUACUUACUGAUCUCCCUGAUCGACUGAGACUGCUCAAAAAGAAUGUAGAAAGCAAUCUAGGAAAUGAACACCUGCGUGGGUCUGCAGUAGUGGAGGAGCUUACUUGGGGUGACGAACCUGAUCCGUGCAUGACUCAACCUUUGCCUGAUUUUGUUGUGGGGUCAGACGUGGUAUAUAGCGAAGGACCGGUCCUUGAUUUGAUAGACACACUCUUGAAGCUCUGUGGAUCACAAACAACAGUAUUCAUAGCAGGGGAGCUCAGAAACGAUGCAGUGUUGGAGUACUUCUUGGAGGAAGCCAUGAAGGUAUUUGUGGUGGGGCGCGUGGAGCAGUCGGAAUGGCAUCCUGACUAUCGCAGCCCCCGUGUUGUGAUGUAUAUUAUGGUGAGGAAGUAGCAGAGAGUUAUAUGGUAGAGAGCCAAGGAGUGCAAACUUCCUGAAUUCAUUUUUACACUUGGUUUCUUCUCCUCUGUCAAAGAUCAAGUCACAGUGGCAAAGUUAUGGUUCAGAAUUUCGCGGCGAUAACUGGGUGUUAACUACAAGUACGUAAUCUGAGUGGUCUAUGUAAUGUAUGAAGAUCGGUUUCGAAGUGCAAACAAAACUGAUCUUCAAAA